AUAGCUUCACUUUGUGUUUAGCUGUUGAACAAUGGCUGGAAGUUGGUGUUUGGCUCAGAUUUUGGUGGUCUGUGCUUUCUGUCAUGCUGUCCCACAGUGGAGUCAAUCGCUUCAGAAUGCUCAAGCUCUGAUGAUCCAGCAAACUGACCAGCAGUUUCAGCUCCAGAAGCCAGUUCAACAGCUAACUAACCAGCAGUUUCCACCUCAGAAACCAGUUCAACAGCUAACUAACCAGCAGUUUCUGUUUCAGAAGCCAGUUCCACAACAACCUAAGCCGCAGUUUCCGUUUCAGAAGCCAGUUCCACAACAACCUAAGCCGCAGUUUCCGUUUCAGAAGCCAGUUCCACAACAACCUAAGCCGCAGUUUCCGUUUCAGAAGCCAGUUCCACAACAACCUAAGCCGCAGUUUCCGCUUCAGAAGCCAGUUCCACAACAACCUAAGCCGCAGUUUCCGCUUCAGAAGCCAGUUCCACAACAACCUAAGCCGCAGUUCCCUCUUCAGAAGCCAGUUCCACAACAACCUAAGCCGCAGUUUCCGCUUCAGAAGCCAGUUCAACUUGAUAAAUGUGCUGUAGCUGAUUCUGAGCAGAUCCAAUGCGGUCUACCUGGGAUCAGUGGUGCUGCGUGUGAAGCUAUCAACUGCUGCUUUAACGGACAGCAGUGUUUCUAUGGGAGGGCAGUGACUGUCCAGUGUAUUAGAGAUGGUCAGUUUGUGGUAGUGGUGUCUCGAGACGUUACCUUGCCUCGACUGAGUCUGGAUUCGGUUCAACUACUGGGUGGAAACGACCCACCUUGUGCUCCUGUGGGGUCUACACCUUCCUUUGCUAUAUACCAGUUCCCUGUGACCGCAUGUGGCACGAGCGUGAUGGAGGACGGUGGAUAUGUGGUGUAUGAAAACCGAAUGACCUCAUCGUAUGAAGUGGGGAUUGGACCAUAUGGUUCCAUCACAAGGGACAGUCAUUUUGAGUUUCUCUUCCAGUGUAGAUAUUCGGGAACUUCUGUGGAAGCUCUGGUUGUGGAGGUCAACUCCGUUCCUCCACCUCCACCAGUAGCCGCUCCUGGACCUCUCAGGGUGGAGCUCAGACUGGCCAAUGGCCAAUGUGUCACCAAAGGCUGUGCUGAAGGGGAUGAGGCCUACACGUCCUACUACAGUGACGCUGAUUAUCCCAUCACAAAAGUCCUGCGAGAGCCUGUGUAUGUUGAGGUGCACGUUAUGGAGAGGACUGACCCCAACAUUGACCCGGGGAACAAUUGCCGGAACACUUUACCCAUGUAUUUUCCGGAAUCGCAGUGUGAUAGGGGCUUUGAACACUACUACAACCAUCAUCCCAUCUGUCCUUUUGCCAUUUCAGAGGAACUUUACCUAUUGAAGUCUCUUAGGCACAGUGAUUAUAGUUAUGAGAUGUUACUCAGUAAUUCUGAGAUGGUGUGAAUGCAGCUAUAAAUGAACUUUAUUGUGAAAAAUG